AUGAUUUCAGAUAAAGAUUUCCAUGAUAUGAAUAAUACCCAAUCUCCUUCAUGUUUACAUCAAUUUUCUUGGGAAGAAUGGGAUAAUCAAAUGAUUGUUGUAUUAUAUCGAUCUGAUCGACGUUUUGUUGUUAAACGAUACAUUGAACGAGUUCUUGCGAAUUCUUCUCAAUGGGAACAGUUAGCUCAAUCAUCAUUUUCAAUAAUAGAACCAAUUGCUCAAACCUAUACAAUGACAGAGAAUGAAGUUAAAUUAAUGCAUCAUAUAUUUUCAUGGCAUCUUAAUGGAACUUUAACAUUUCCAAUUAUUGGUGGACUCGACCAAUUACUUGAUUGGGAAGACAUACUUGAUUUUAUUGAACGAGCACAGCAAACUUCGAAAAAUGAUAAACAAAAUGAAUCAAAAACAAUAAGUUCACCUUCGAUUGUACCAACUAUUCCUGUUGGAACAUCAUCUUCAAAAAUAACAAUAAAAAAAAGUGUAGAAAAGAAUAAAAUUUCAGGAAAUCUAGAACUAAAUAGAGAAGAUAGAACACCAAUUAAAAAAAAUAAAAAAGUUCAACAACAACAACAACAACAACAACAACAACAACAACAACAACAGCAACAAUUUUUUCAUGAAAAUAUGUUAUCAUCUUCAUCAAACCAUUGGGUACAAAUAAAUAAUAUUUGUGUUCCGUAUAUAAUUAAAUCUCAACAAUCAUGUCUUCUUCCUUAUCAAGUUUUACUGGAUUGUGAUUUAUUUAAUGAACAAGAACAAUCAUUUCUUCUUCAUUUUACUAUAAAAGCUAGUUCAAAUGAUAUACAAACUUUUAAAAGAAUUAUAUCAUCAUCAUCAUCAUCUUCAAUCGAUUUUACACUAAAUAAUCAUUUACUUCUUAUUGAUCUGUAUCAUUUAAUAUUCGGAAUGUCCAAAGUUGCUUAUGUUAAAUUACUUAAUAAUCAACGUGAUGUGAACAAAAGCUAUAAAACAGUCUUGGCACAACGUGGUGGUACUGUUAUUGUUCGUUCUCGUUUAGUUCCGUUUAUCAAUCUUGGUAAAUUCAAUUGUGUUUUGCUUGAUUCAUUAAUAGAGAUCUUACAACCAACAGCGAGAACUAUAUCUAUUCUUCGUCGACAUUCUCUACCUGCUCAUUCUCAUGAAAUUGAUUAUCUUCGUCUCGUACAAUUCUAUCAACGAAAAUAUUAUCAAGAUGAUAGUAUUGUAUUAAAUCAAGAACAACAGUUACUUGUGAACAUUAAUGAAAUUUCUAAAUAUGUCGCUAAAAAUGAUCUUGUUAUUGAUAUGUUAUUAACACAAUAUCAACAAAUUGAAUAUCAAAAAUUAAAAAACCAAAUAGAGAGAAUUGAAAAUAAACAAAAACGAAAGCCAAUAAAACGUAAAGCAAAUAUAGCAAUGACUGAACUUCAAAAUAUAGCAACAGAAUGA